GGACGCGCCAUGGCAGCCUCAAUCCUCCAUCUGCCUGGUUACCACUGAUCGAUAAGCUCCGGCUGGUUGCGGGCAAAAUUGGCAAGGGCGUGAGCGGAGAUAUCUCACAGCCCAUUCGGAGGUAAAGGCAAUGCUCCCUGUGAUUAUCUGCCUCGAGUCUGAUGAUUGAGGAACCCUCUAUCUGCAUCCUCGGACGCCUGGCGAUGAUCUCGAACCACCCAGCGAGUUAAGCCGAUGGCCAAAAAUGAACAUGAACAGCACCCACGACCAUGAGUGGCCAUCGAUAUCAGAUACACUUCCUCUCCCCCAAUGCCACCAUCUCGGCCUUGGGAGGCAAUACCUCGGCGAAUCGGAAGGCUCUGGACGCCGCAAAGUCUGAGGCUCGAUCUCAUGCUGCUCGGGUUUCGCACUCGUUUAAAGACUCUAAACCGCCUGCCCGCAGGGUCCGCACUCCCAGGCCGUUGAGAGGUGGAUCUGAGGCUCGUGGCGGCGCGUCCGUCUCAACUUCACCAGAUUCCUCCCAUACCCAAGGCAGCGAAUCCAGUCCUGAAUCAUCGUCGUCAGGAAAGAUCGAGCUCGAGCUCGAAAAUACCGACAGACGUGCCUCUACCUCCGCAUUAUCUAUUCUGAAAUUCAGGUUGAACGUCAGCACAGGCAGAAACCAGCACCCGUUGUCGUCUCACCGCGCUGAGAAGGAUGAAGACGAAAAUGAGGACAUUGAGGACGCAAAGAGGAGGACUAGAGCGGCUUCGGUCCCAGUCAAACUGCCCAAGGACAUCCGCAAAAGCUCUCUAGAUCCCUUUGCGCGUGCAGCUCUCGAGCUCUCUGUCCCAGAUCAGCAUUUGCUGCAUCUGUACUUGACCACGGUCCCGGACCAGAUAUAUGGGUCGACGACCGGCGUCGUGGCGAGCACUGCUCGACAUAGUACUGUUGGGGUUGUGGCCACGAACGAAAUUGUGGUCCUGUGGCUGCUGCUCGUUAUUGAAUCACAGAUUGUGAGCUUUCAGCCCACGAAGAAAGACAGACAACUCUCGAUCCUCGCGCGAAGGUCGUUGGUGUAUAGGCUGAUGAAUGCUCGGCUUUCCGAACAGGGGAGCUCGCUAAUGGACGACUACGUUCUGGCAGUCGCCAUCGCGGGAGGCUGUGAGCAUCGAAUGGGCAACACCAAGAGCGCCCAAUAUCACGUCAGGGCAGCAAGAAAACUUCUGGAACUGAGAGGUGGGACACGGUCGGUCCGAGGCAUCACAUAUCCGUUGGGAUUGAUGGUUGUCAACGUCUUUGUGGAGAACGGCGUGGACGGGCUCUGGAAGACGCACUCUGGUCUCCAAAAGAAGCUGAAAGGGGUAUCGCAAUGGGUACGAGACGUCCAGCUUUGGAACUUCAAUCUCAGGGCGCACGCGUCAAAAGCUUUACGUCAAGUCAACAACGACCCCAUGAAACCCGACCCUGAUUCUGGCGUGGAUGAGGAGGAUUCAAACAGCAGCGGGCGUGCUCGUGCCUUCGCGUCCGAGACUGCCUUGUUCGACUAUGUCGAGCUGCCUGCAGGCGAACUGGACGACGCACAGUGCAGGUUCUACCUGGGCGCUCUAUUCGCGAUCAACACGGCGCUCUGGGCAUUUCGAGACAGCGACCGAACCACCAACGCGUACCUGCAGGGACUGACCACCGCCGUGGAGAUGAGCGCGCCGUCCAAUCUCGCCCUUCGUGCCGGCGGAGCCAAGCUCCCUUCCCUGGUCCUGAUCCUGAUGAUAGCGCACAAUGCCGCCGACGCCGACGCCGACGCCGAAAGGCGGACCGGGCCCGCGGACACGGUCUUCCACGUCGACGAGGUCUUCGAGUUCGUCGAGAUGGCCAUGAUGGCCAGUUCCAAGACCAGGACGGACGUGCUGAGCGCCAUGUCGUCGUGGCUGACCGCCGACAUGGCCACCCCCGGCGACCUCGCCUUUGUGAACAACGCGAAGCUCGACAUCUGGGCCGGGGAGGUGGAGGAGAGGUGGCUUUCAGAUCGCACGUCGAAUCCCGCCGCGACACAUGCAGAUGGCCGUUAACGGCGACAUUCUGACGGAGCCCUUUUCGUCUGGCAGGGCACACUCAGCGGCCAGGAACAGCUUGUAAAUGUCCCAUCCACAACGACAUCCUGCCACGAGGCCCUCGUAGAGUCAGUUCCACGCGGUAUCAAAAGGACCCGACCCGACCCGAACGUUCGGCCAGCACGGCGAGAAAAGAGAAAAGAGGAAAGAGGACAAGGCAAAGGUUUCCUGCGCCGUUUAGAGACUCCAUUCCUUCUGGGUAGACAAGUAUAAUUCCUGUAUUCAUAGAUGAAGAGAGGGAGAGAUUCUUUGGUAUCACGCCCAUCUCCUUCCUUGCUUUCUGGUCCUAGUCGACGCCUUUGAAAC